AUGAAGACUACCAGUAUUUUUGCAUGUAUUAUUGCCUUAGUCAUACUAUUUUCAAGUAUGGCCAAUGGGCAGCUCAGUCCAACAUUUUAUGCUGUGGCAUGCCCACAAGCAUUGUCUAUAGUAAAAUUUGCUGUUGCUCAGGCUCUGGUAAAGGAGAAAAGGAUGGGUGCUUCUUUGCUCCGCCUUCACUUCCAUGACUGUUUUGGGUGUGAUGGGUCUGUACUGUUGGAUGAUACGUCCACAUUCACUGGAGAAAAGGGUGGACUGGCAAAUGUGAAUUCUCUGAGAGGAUUCGAUGUGAUAGACACCAUUAAAAGUCGUUUAGAAGCUGCCUGCACUGGGGUUGUGUCUUGUGCUGAUAUACUCGCCAUUGCUGCUCGUGAUUCUGUUGUCCUGUUGGGUGGACCAACAUGGAUAGUACAGUUGGGAAGAAGAGAUUCAACUACUGCAAGUCUAAGUGGUGCUAAUAGCAACCUACCUAAUCCAUUUGGUGAUCUUGAUGCACUUAUUAAGACAUUUAAUGAUCAAGGUCUUUCUACUAAGGACAUGAUUGUCCUUUCAGGUGCUCAUACAAUUGGUCAAGCAAGGUGUGUUGCAUUCAGAUCUCGUAUCUAUAAUGAUACCAAUAUUGACUCUACAUUUGCUGCUUCUCUCAAAGCAAAUUGUCCAGGAAAUGGUGGUGAUAACAACAUUUCACCUUUAGACCUUACCACUCCCAAUUUCUUUGACAAUACUUACUACAAAAAUUUGAAAGUACAAAAGGGACUUCUCCACUCUGAUCAAGCAUUAUUUGGUGGAGGCUCUAGUGAUGCUCUAGAUACUACCUAUAGCACCAAUUCAGCUAGUUUUUUCAAUGAUUUUGCAACAUCUAUGGUGAAUAUGGGAAACAUCAAUUCUCUCAUAGGAUCCAAUGGAGAAGUUAGAAAUAACUGUAGAAAAAUUAAUUAA